AUGACCCUCAUCCUACGAGCUGGGCCAGCGCCAUCCCCACCACCCUCCACCUCAUGCCCAACCUCAUCCUCACACCCAACCCGGGCAUCACCACCACCGCAGCCGACACCACCCCAAGAUCCAAGCACGACGCAGGAUGACGGCGAAAGCAAGCACCCCCCCUCGCCAGAAGACCCGCCUCCCCCGCCGCCGACGCUGCCAACCCUGCCGCCGGAGCUCCAGUCGCUCAUCACAGCACACCUCUCCUACCCGGACGCCCUGUCGCUGAAGCACACGAACCGCCACUUCUUCCAGACGACGGACACGGGCGUCCGCCUCAAGGUCGCCUGGCUCCUCGAGCGCCGCGACCAGCGCCUCGCGUGCCCCUCGUGCGGCCGCGGCUGCGACCUCGCCAGCGACCUGCGCUUCUGCCGCGGCGGCGUCGGGCGCGUCAUCCGCCGGCGGCGCAUGCACGGCGAGUGCGAGAGCCGGGCCGGGCUCGGGUGCGUCGUGUUCGGGACGGGGCGGUGCGAGCGGCGGCGGAGACGGGGAGGGCGCCGGUUGUCCUUGGGCGGCAUGCGGGCUUGGGCUUUUCUUGUGCCGGUUUUGGCUGUGCUCUGGGCAUUUCUGAGAGGCGUGUCCUGCGGUGCGUCGUGA